AUGACACGCCGAUUUGUUCGAGCGGGCAUCCAGCUCGCGAUUUUUGCUGCCUGCGUCUUACUCCUUAUUGUCACCUUGGAUAAUAGGUUUCGUGUUCUUCCCGCCUCAAUUCACGGCCACCUCCCAUCGCAUUAUUCGGGCUUCGUCAUCACUGAUGUUACAGUGGUGAGCUGCUCGGUCUUAAACGUCAUAUCGGGUUGCAAACCCUCGUCAUCCGGAUGGACUCAAGUCGACAAGGACCUGUACUUGAAAUCAGGAUACUUUUCCGCUGCAUACGUUCAGUUCCAACGCAAAAAGGAGGAGGACCUUCUUCCUACGGAUAAGGUAGUCAUCGAUCUACGAAUUAGUCGGAUCGCGCCGGAGUUCCACGAGGAUCCUAAAGAGGAUAACGAAGAAUGGGAAAAGCGACCAGGCGGAAUAUGGCUGAAGAGAACAGCGAAGCGGCAUGCGAGCGACUCGCACAGUGCAAUCACAUCUGUUGAUGUUCUGUUCGGUGCCGAUGCGGUGGACCCGCGAGCCGGCUGGGAGGUCAGGGAUACUCCGGUGCUACUCGAUAGUAGUACAGAAGGCCUGGAAGCACGCAUUUCCGUUCGAAGGGGUGAUCCGGUGAAGAUCAAGAAGCCGGUGCCGAGAAUCAACGAGAACGGUCGUUUCAAGAUCAUGCAGCUGGCAGAUUUACAUCUGAGUACUGGGCUUGGAAAGUGUCGGGAUCCCGUGCCAGCUGAGCUUGUCCCAGGAGAAGGCUGUGAAGCAGAUCCGCGGACAUUGGACUUUGUUGAGAGGCUCCUAGAUGAAGAGCGGCCAGACCUAGUUAUCCUGAGUGGAGACCAGGUGAACGGCGAGACGUCUAAGGAUGCGCAGAGUCCCCUCUUCAAGUCUGUCAAAUUGUUGACCGAUCGCAAGAUUCCCUAUGCUGCUAUCUUCGGCAACCACGACGACGAGGGCGACCUAAACCGUCAUCAGCAGAUGGCUAUGCUGGAAGAACUACCAUACUCGCUAUCAAAGGCUGGUCCUGAGGACGUGGACGGUGUUGGCAAUUACUACGUUGAAGUCCUCGGCCGUGGAAACACAGACCAUUCAGCUUUGACACUUUACUUACUCGACUCGCACUCCUACUCCCCAGAUGAACGACAGUUCCGCGGAUACGAUUGGAUCAAGCCUAAUCAGAUUCGUUGGUUCAAGACGACCGCCCAAAGUCUGAAGGCGAAGCAUCACGAAUAUACCUACAUGCACAUGAACAUGGCAUUUAUUCACAUACCGUUGCCCGAAUUCGCUCAAAAGGGCAGCUACUUCCGAGGAAACUGGUCUGAACCUUCUACUGCGCCUGGAUUCAACUCGGGAUUCAAAGACGCACUUGAGGAGGAAGGGAUUCUUUUUGUUGGCUGUGGACAGUAA